AUGAUUUUGGUAAGUGAUGAUAUUGAAGACCAAGGCAUUAGUCAAAAUUCAGAAUUCACCGCAACUAUCAAGAAACCAGUAAAAAAUAUUAAGAAAGAAAAAGAAUCUGACAACAAUCACUUAGAAUUGACAAUAGACGUGAAACCGAAGAUAGAGGGCAAGCCGAGAAAGAGAAUCAAGUCGUCCGUCAAAGGUAAAUCAUCAAAAACCAAGCCCAAAGUCAAAGAAGAGGAAUCUUUAGUAGUCACCGUCAAAACGGAAACAGGGGAGCUUUACUCUUGUAAAAAUUGCGGCGCCAACUAUCAGAACUUGGACCAACUCAACCAACAUAUUAAUACAGAGCAUCUAAAAGGAUACAAAUGUAUGUACUGUCCGGAAUACUUUAAAAGCGAAAGGGGCUACAGAGUUCAUAACCGCCUGCAACACAACGACUUAAAACCAUUCCACUGCGAGCACUGCGGCAGAAAAGUGGGAUCAAAAAUGGCGCUACUAGAUCACGUAAACUCUGUACACACUAAAGAAAUCUACUACCAAUGUGAUAAAUGUAUGAAAAAAUUCCAUAUUAAGCAAAUAUUAAAAAUACAUUUGAAGAAACAUGACGGCACUUUAAGAAAAUUUAUUUGCGAGCAAUGUGGGGUAGGUUGCAAUGACAGGACCAACUUGAGAUAUCACGUUAUGGCAGUUCACGAGAAGUUAAGGUUAAACUGUCAAGAAUGUGACAAAAAAUUCUCUGCCAUGAAACAUUUGAAGACACAUAUGAGGUUUCACACUGGGGAGAGACCAUACGAGUGCGAAAUAUGCAAUAACGCUUUCAUUUCAAGAGACGCGUUGACUGUUCACCAAAAGGUGCACACUAACGGUGGUUACAAAUGUAAGACAUGUGCCAAAGUAUUCCCUACUAGAGGUUUAUACGCUUCUCAUUACAGGAAACACUUAAGUACUAAGCCAUUUAAAUGUCAUUUGUGUGAUAAGGAAUUCGCUGGUAAAUACUCCUUAAAUCGUCAUGUAUUUGAGCAUACCGGCGAUCGUCCAUACAUGUGUCCAGUCUGUGGUAAAGAUUUCUCACAAAAAGCACAGCUAGCUAGACAUAGUAAGAUUCACGAUAAGGGGGAAGUGGUUAAGGAAAAGUGUGAAUUGUGUAAAAGAACUGUGCCUAAUAUAGAGAAACAUAUGCUAGCGCAUAAUAAUAAGCCGUAUCCUUGUCAUUUGUGUGAAAAGAGAUACCCAGAGCAGAAUGCCUUAAACAGACAUUUGCAGAGGCAUACCGGGAUCAAGCCACACAAAUGUCAACUGUGUGAUAAAGGGUAUAUUCAAUUGAAAACCCUUAGAGGACAUAUGAUGAAAGUGCACAAAUUACCAUUAAAAACUGAGCAGGAAGAUCAUUUUGAUAGUGUUGUUAAUACUUAUACCAUUGAGAAUUUGAAAAGAAAGACAGGUAACCCCAAUGAUAUUAUAACCCAAGAUAGGUUAUGA